UGUAGUUCCGCUUUUAGGCCGCUGCAUUUGAUAACAGCGCACGGAGGAGAUCAACAAAACAAAACCCAGUGAAACUUGUGAGAGGUUUUGCUUUGAGGGGGAAAAACGGCGCCGUCAUGCCAGGCUUCACGUGCUGCGUGCCCGGAUGUUAUAAUAACUCACACCGGGACCGCGAGCUCCGCUUCUACACCUUCCCGAAAGACCCGACUCAGCGGGAGAUCUGGCUGAAGAACAUCUCCCGGGCCGGAGUCAGCGGCUGCUUCAGCACCUUCCAGCCCACCACCGGACACCGCGUGUGCAGCGUGCAUUUCCCCGGGGGCAGGAAGACCUACACCAUCCGAGUACCGACGCUCUUCCCGUUACGCGGAGUGAACGAGAGAAGAAGUCGGCGCGGCAGGGGCAGGAAGGUGUACGCUGCGUCUGCGCCUGCGCCUGCGCCCGCGCCAAUUCUCACCAGCGUCGGCGCAAUCCACAGCGAAGCGCAGGGCGAGUCCGAGUUCGUGGUGCAGAUCGGACAGAACGGCCAGUACCUCUCUCCCAUCACCGGCGUAUCAUCUUCAUCAUCAUCGUCAUCGUCAUCGUCAUUAGCUGCAGCAGCGGCGGCGGACGGCUCGUGCUCAGUGUCGGCGCUGAAGUCUGAGGAGUCCUCCGAGGUGGUGGUGACGGUGUUACCGGAUCAGCCCGGUCCGCUCCUGGCGCUGUACGGCGAGGAGCACUCGUACUCCCUGACCAACGGCACGACUUCAGCCGAGCUCCUGAGGAAACUCAACGAGCAGCGCGACAUCAUCGCUCUCAUGGAGGUGAAGAUGAAGGAGAUGAAGAACACCAUCCGCCAGCUGCGCGUGAACGAAGCGCGCCUGCAGGAGGAGUUGCGCGAGCGCGACCGCGUGCUGUCUGGUAUCGGUGCCGUUCGGAAGAAAGUCUGACAAAGCAUCCGGAACCGGAGCAGAACAAUGGGUGGGGAGGGAUCUUUUUAAUUUUUUUGUUUUGAAUUUUCAGUGUUUCAAAAAAAAUAAUUAGGAGUGAGUGAUGUGUCAAAAAGCGGAUGAUAUCGCGAUAUAUCGUGACAUUUUCACCACGUGUUCUUAUGUUUCGCUUUGAUAAACACCUGUGACUUCUGUGGAACAUCAGUGGAGUGACGCCAUGACAAAAAAUGACCGGGAAAUUCAUUGUUUACAAACUUUUUAAUGUCCGAGAAAGGAAGGUCCGCAUCACGACUUAUACAUAUGCACGAGUAUGCAAAUACGAACACGCCCCCAAUUUCCCCGCCCCAAACACCACUAACAUGAGCAGAGCUGUAUUAAAGAAACCUCUAACAACCUCUGACAUUUUUAUACAACAUUUCACAGGAACUCAGAUGGUACAGAAUGGAGUCGAGUUGUUCAGUAUGAAGAUAGAAAAGCUAUGACGCCGAUACAUCACUGUUUAUGUCAAUGUAUAUCGCAAUAUCGAUAUCAUAUCACCGCAUUACUCAGCCCUACACUCUCAGACCAAAAAAAAAAAAAAAAGAGUACCACACGGCACUGUGCCCUGUUUCCGGGUCAGUUCUGCCAAGUACCUUUAGUGUGUAUUCGCUUUAAGGUAAAUGAAGGUCAAUUGAUGAACAUUUAGGUCAGAUUUCUGGUUGAAAAAUACAGACUAAAGGUACAGAAUGGGUUCUGUAGGGACGUAGUUCCACCUCACGAGUACAGUUAAGUACACUGCUUUCCCAAAAAAGAAAUAAUUCUGCUAAAGUUUUAUGAUGAACCAACUUCCUGUUGUGUUUAGGGAUGCACUGACCUCCAUUUUUGACACUAUAUUCAUCUCUGAGUUUCGGUACCAGUCUGAUCCCGAUAUCCGACAUCGUCUCUGUGAAAAAUCAGACCCGUGAUUACAGAAGAGAACUUUUUUAACCAGCGAAAUCGACAGUCGGAAAAAAACGUCAGGUUUUAAAGUGUAAUUAGUGACUAAAAUGGCUCUGCAAAGUCUGUAUCAUGAGUUAUGAGUUAUGAAUAUGUAUGUUUAGGCAAAUUCUGGACAUGACCUCCGGGCAUUCCUGUCAUCAUAAGAGAUUGAAAUGAUUUCAUUCCAGGUUUAUUUAAAGAGUAGAUGAACCUGAGGGAAGAUCAUGCCAAGGCAUCGUGUAGCCUGAUGAACACCAGAGUAGUGUGUAGUGACCGAACCAUGGCAGGAGCAGAACAGACUGAAGUGGACAAUACACAGUUGAUCUAAUCACCUUGUCCAUUAUUUUUAGUUUGUACCAACUUUUCCCAGCGUGUAUAAAUUCAGUGUAGCCUUCUCUCUCUCUCUCUCUCUCAGAUGUCAUUAUUGUAUAUUUAACUCCCUGUCAUAUUUUGAUACGAUUAGAAAGAUCUGAGGAAUCCAUCCAAAUCCACGGAUCUUCAUUGAUGAAUUCAGAAAGAUUUCAAACAAAUUCAAGUCUAUAUUUUUUUGAUGUAGUGAUCCUGUAAUAUUUUCAGGCGCUUGUGUUAUUCCUGUUAAAAUGUUUGUUCUUAUUUUUUAAUAAAUUCUUGCAAAA